GACCUGUUGUCCACUGCAGUCACUGCUGGAUGCGCUGAUCCACCUUUGAGACGAACACGAGCUUGUUCUGGCACUGAAACCUGAGCCCAGGGGCCAAAUAUAGUCCCCCCCACACACGGAGCACUCAGGGACCGGGACAGAUGGGACAGCAGGAACUUGAGAGAUCCUGCCGACCGACCGACCGACCGACCGACUCCACCAACAAUAAUAACAAUAAAGCCGCUCUUCUGGAAGGAGAAGCUCGGCGUUUCUCUUGUUUUUCACCAGCAGACGAUUCAGACCUGGACAAACUGUAAGGAUGCAGGACGGGAGUUGGAAUCAGCCACUCCCCUUCUCUCUGCUGCUAAAAGACUCUGCAGCCGGAGCAGCAGCAGCAGCAGCAGGCGGGGCUUUGGAGGGCGAUGGGGGUGUGUUUUCAGAGGCGUCGUCUGAUGGUGAACUCUACCUGGACUCUGUACCAGAGCUGGAUUCUGGAGACGGGGACUUUGCGGAUCUUACGGAGUUCUUAAGUGCGGACGAGAUUAAUCGCAGUCUGGAUCUGGCCUUCGAGGCCUUUGGGGACUCGUGCGAGGAUCUGGACGAGGAUCUACCUACACCGAGUGCCCAGACGACCGAGAACCUCACUACAACCCAAGACCUGCAACACCAGAACAAAGUCCUCCUCUAUGCAGAUGAUAACGCAGCGGCUAAAGUCACCUCCAGCCAGAAUGCUGCCCUCAGCAAACCUGCACAGGUACCCAGCGAAGCUCCGCCCCCUGCCGAGAACCUCAUCCGACAAAAGUCCAUCCAGCCGCUUUACAGGCAGGAUAAACCCCGGCUGCUUUAUGCCGGACUGGAGCUAAACGACCGCGCGGCCUCAGCCACAGAGUUCUGCAGCCGCGCCGCUACAUUUAUCGAGGAGCUGUCGUCCAUUUUCAAAGGUUCCGCUCACCUGGAGCAGCAGGUGGAGGACGACUCCUCCUCCCCCGACAGCGGCUACCUGUCGCCCCGGAGCCAGAGGCCGGUGUCGCAGGGCUCGGCCUCCACUGCUCCACUACCUCCCAACAGCCAGCCGGAUGCAGGACAAGGGGGAGGGGCCUCAGCAGCCGCAGCAAGGUUCCAACAAUCUGGUGCUGCCACCUCCACCAAACCUCUGUCUCCGCCCCAGUUCCUCCAGAAGCUGAAAAGUCAGGAGGUAGCUGAAGGAAGUCCCAUCCGUCUGGAGUGUCGAGUCAUAGGAAACCCACUUCCACUGGUCAGGUGGUUCUGUGAAGGCCGUGAGCUGCACAACUGUCCCGACAUCCAGAUCAGCAGAGACGCUGACCAACACACUCUGGUUAUCACAGAAGCCUUUGAGGACGACACGGGACGGUACACCUGCGUGGCGUCCAACAGUCUCGGAGCGGACAACACGUCCGCAGAAGUUUACAUAGAAGGAGCUUCGUCUUCAGACUCAGACGGAGAAGGAGGAGCAGCGUCCAAGUCCAGAUCAGGAACCAUGUCUCAGGUACAGAAGAAGACCACUUCAAUGUCGCUAACCAUUCGGUCAGCAUCGCCUAAAAACAUUGAUGCCCUUCCUCGUCGAACCACCCUGGUCCAGUCCCUGUCUCAGCCCACACAGCGGAUGCAGAGCCCACUGUCAUCACUGUACAGCUGUGACGCGUCAGGUCCCCCUGUCUUCACCAAGUUCUUGCAGGACGUGCAGGCAUCUGAAGGUCAGGUGGUGGUUCUGGAGUGCAGGAUCCGUGGCAGUCCUCCCCUGCAGGUGCGAUGGUCCCGGCAGGGAGAGGAGAUCCUGGACUCCCCGGAUUUCCGUAUUCUCCAGAAAAAGCCUCGAUCUGCAGCUGAACCAGAGGAGAUCUGUACGCUGGUCAUCGCUGAGGCCUUUCCAGAGGACGGAGGUCUGUUCUGUUGCUCCGCCUCAAACCCGUACGGCUCCAUCAACAGCACCGCCCACCUCACUGUCGCUGCAGUAGCCGAGGACUCGUCCAGUAACGGUGUCUCCGGUGACAGCUCGGGGUUGGAGAACACGCCGUCCUUCCCCCCACCUCCCCCACCCACAGAGCUCAGCCUUCUGGACGUGCCGCCCAAGAUGCCGCCGCCUCCACCGCGCCCCGAGUCUUUCCACGUCAAGGAGCUGGAGAUCUGGCCCAGUCUGUCUACUCUGCCGCCGGUACAAGUCGACACAGACGUGGAGGUCAACGGACAGCUCUCAAAUCUACCAUCACCUCCAUGUCCACCAAAGGAGAGUCCACCAACACCACCACCGCUACCACCUCCUCCUCCUCCUCUACCACAGACUGACCCUACAGCAGAGGUCAUGAGUCCAGCUCAGGUGACACUGGAAUCACCUCCAACCUCAGACAAGCUGUCACCAUCCCCCACCAGGGACGGACCUCCACUGCCGACCAAGCCCAAACCAAAGCUAAACGCCUCUCAGCUGAAGCAGCUGCAGGAACAGAUUCUGUUGGAGCAGCAAGAAGCAGCCGUCUGGCAGCAGCAGCAAAACCAGGAAGUCCCGCCCCUGCCACAGCAACCCCUACAGGAUUCACCUGCACCUGCUCCACCCUCCCCACCUCUCCCCCCUCCUCCCUCCUUCCAGGAGCUGGAGAGCAGCGCCACCAUGCAGGCCAGCACCUUCAACUACGCCCGGCCCAAGCAGUUCAUCGCCGCCCAGAGCCCCGGGAGUAGCGGCGGCGGCGGCGGCGGCGGCGGCAGUGGAGGCGUGAGCUACGUCACCCAGUCAUCCGGCUCCACCCUCUCCUCCCCACUGUCUCCGCCCACCUCACACAAGCCCUUCACCAAAGUCACGCUGCCUCCGUUCACUAAAGCGGGCAGCGUGGAGUCUCCGAGCUCGCCGUCCUUCCCGCCUCCACCUCCGCCCUUCCUCAGCUCCAGUAACCUGCCCUCGCCGUCAGGCCCUGCCCAGGACUUCCCUCUCCCCCCACCCCCUCCUCCUCCUCCGCCACCACCACCCAUCUCCAUGUCUCCAGCUCACUCGGACAUGUCCUCUCCUUUCUCCUCCGUCCCUCCGUCUCCAGCCUCCAGCUUCCUGUCAUCGGUGUUGCCGUCCACGCCGUCCACGCCCAGCAGCCCUACGGUCAACGCUCUGGGCCUCCCCAAAGGCAACGGCACUGUCAAAGUUUUCCCCAGAAAGUCGUCGGUCACUAAGACGCCGCGCGUCACCACUGACUCAGACAUCCAGGGGUCAAAGGACGCUGUCAUCCAGGACCUGGAGAGGAAGCUGCGCUUUAAAGAGGAGCGCAUGAGCAACGGUCAACAGAGAUUAACCUAUGAGGAGAAGAUGGCGCGCAGGCUGCUCGGCGCCGACAACGCCGCCACUGUCUUAAACACACAGGACACAGAGGAGGAGCCUGUCACACAGGAAAACAAGUCGUCUGAUAAAGAUUCUUUCACUCAAAAGGAAUACAAAGUGUCGAGUUUCGAGCAGCGUCUCAUCAGCGAGAUUGAGUUCCGUCUGGAGCGUUCCCCGGUGGAGGAGUCCGACGACGACGUGCAGCACGAUGAGGACUCUACCGGCCACGGGGUGGCGCCGUCCUUUGACCAGAAGCUCAAACACUACAAAGUCUUUGAGGGGAUGCCAGUGACCUUCUCCUGUAAGGUCACAGGAGACCCUAAACCAAAGGUUUACUGGUUCAAAGACGGUAAACAGAUCUCUAAGAGAAGCGAACAUUACAGGAUCAGUCGUGACGCUGAUGGCACGUGCUCUCUGCACACAACAGCGGCCUCUCUGGACGACGACGGUAAUUACACCAUCAUGACAGGAAAUCCUGAGGGGCGAGUGAGCUGCACAGGCAGGAUGAUGGUUCAGGCCGUGAACCAGCGAGGAAGAAGCCAGCGCUCCACACCUGGUCACAUGCGCAGACCCAGGUCCAGGUCCAGAGACAGCGGCGAUGAGAACGACAACAUCCAGGAGCGCCACUUCCGCCCCCACUUCCUGCAGGCGCCCGGUGACCUCAUCGUUCAGGAGGGUCGACUGUGUCGCAUGGACUGUAAGGUGAGCGGUUUGCCGACCCCUGACCUCAUCUGGCAGCUGAACGGACAGACCAUCCGCCCCGACUCCGCCCACAAGAUGCUGGUGAGGGAGAACGGCGUCCACUCGCUGGUCAUCGAGCCAGUGAGCAGCCGCGACGCGGGAAUCUACACCUGCAUCGCCAGCAACCGAGCCGGGCAGAACUCCUUCAACCUGGAGCUCAUCGUAGCAGGUGAGCGGGAGGAAAAAUGCCACGCUAGGAGAAGCUGCAUUCAGCGCGUGGCUGAGGGACAUCCUGUGAGAAUGGAGUGUCGCGUCACCGGCGUCCCAUCCCCACAAAUCUUCUGGAAGAGAGAAAACGAGUCUUUCACUCACAACACCGACAGAAUCAGUAUGCACCAGGACAACUGUGGUUACCUGUGUAUGAUCAUCCAGCCGGCCAUGAAAGAAGACGCCGGCUGGUACACGGUGUCUGCCAAGAACGAGGCCGGGAUCGUGUCCAGCACUGCGCGCCUCGACGUCCACGCUCUGUGGCAGCAGCCAAACCUCCCCAAACCCAAGAAGGUGCGUCCGUCCACGAGCCGCUACGCCGCGCUCACAGAGAGAGGGCUGGACGUGAAGGCCGCCUUCUUUCCCGACUACAGCACGCUGCCCCCCGGUGGCCUGGUGGAGAGCGACGACCUGUAAGAAAACGACGGCCGCGCCCCCCGAGAAGAGGAUCGCGACAUAACCCUGAGAAAGAAGUCCCGCCCCCUUGCUCCUGACACUGAUACUGAAUGACGGCGAGGGGCGCUGAAGUGAACCUGCUCCACCGUCACUGACCUGCAGGGGGCGACGACAGGUUUACUUAUGUUUUUAUAGACACAACUCAGUAUAUAUAUCACAAGGUUUUUUUUUGUUUUAUUGACUGGACGUGGGGAAAUGACCGAAGUGUUUACGACGAGAAAAAAGACAAAAAAAAUUCUCCCCAACUUUUGAAAGCGACUCGUGUUGAAGUUUUUCAGAAAAAAAACGCAGUUAAAACGUAGAAUAACGACGCACAGAUUAGCAUAAACAUGUUGGACAAGGCCGGGCCUUUCACACCGUUUUGAAUUAUUUAGUUUUUUAAGAAAAAGAAAAAGUGAUUUAACGAAAAGAAAGUGAGUUUUUUUUUGACAUUUCAGACGCAGGUUUGUUUUUACAAUGUGUGGAUGUGACGUGAAAGACGGAAAGACACGAUGAAAGUUGCGAUGUAGGAAAGUGAUUUUUCUUCUUAAAUUUUUUUUUUAAGCGCCAUCGCUUUAAUGCUAGCUGGUGGGCGUGGCUGACACAUGGUUCGCAAAGCGACGCGGUGACCGCUAAAACCGUACGUUUGAAACCGCUUACUCCUUAAAAAGUUGUUUUCCGAUAUCUUCCACAUCCACAUGAACACACAAUUGUGACAACGUUAUUGAUCGCUCGUUGCUUUGCAGCUAACAGCUAAGCUAACAUGUGAGAGUUUCGGGUUUUGUUGUUGCGAUUGUUAUUAUUUUUUACAGCAAAACAUCAAGCUACAUGGCUCACAGCGCCCUCUGCUGGACCACGUGUUUAUUUUAAACUUGAAUGGCUUUUAUUGUCGUUCACUUGUGAACAAAUUAUAAAUAAGUAAAAGUCAUAUCAGAGAUCUUUGAAUCUCCCCCAAAUUCGCCCGGAUUUCGCAAUAAAAGGCGACUGCUAGCAUCUGCCGAUGUUUGAUGUAUUUUGUGCGACAAAAAAAUGAAAUGAAAUGGAAAAAAAAGUUCUGGUGCUCACUUCGUAAAGGUCCAGUGUGUAAGAAUUAGUGACAUCUAGUGAUGAGACUGCAGAUAGUAAAAAAUGUAAAAAACGUUCUGAACUUCACGUUCUGAAGUGUUUGUGGAAAACUACGGUGGCCUUUUUAUGUCAUUGUAAAGCGUGAAAACACGCCUGGUUUGUCCUGUAGAAACAUGGCAACACAAAAUGGCCGCCUCUGUAAAGCAAGGCCCUCACAUUAAACACAUUUAUAACAGUCUUAUUAAAUUAUUGUUAUUUUAAAGUGAUUACACACCGAUGCGAACACAAUAACAGAGCAUUUAUUCAAUUUCUGCAAAUAAACUGUAAACUUUUGUCGGGUUCGCAGAAUCCGUGCGUCCAUUUUAUUUUUAUAUGGAAAUUUAAAACCACAACAAACUGUUAUGGACAUUUUCUGUGAUGUUUUGUAAAAAUAUACUUAAAUCACUUUAAGGGUUUUUGAUGUAAACACACUUUUCUCUGCAUGUUAUUUUUGGACACUAAAAAGCCAAAUCACCUUUUAUCAGAAUGUACAAAAUAAAAUGAGGCUUUUUUUCCUCCCCAGCAGUUUUCCAGGAGCAGAACACACUGGUAAAAAAUAUUCAAAAAGUUACAUAUAUUUAUAUCUGCGAUUUUUGUCUCUGUAGCUUAACGUCAUCAGCCGGCCGUUUGUGUGUGUUUGCACAUUUCCAUGCCAAUCAAUGCCUGUAUAUGUUUGAUUGUUGUCCUGAUAUUAUUUUAGGGUAUGAAAGUUAAUAAAGAAAAGAAAAAAAUCU